UCACGGCGCCACGACCGCUCUCGUAAGCCCUAUUAAUCUCUCUCUCUCUCGCUCUCCUACUCUUUUUCAGAUUGAAAUCGGCUCUAUCUGUCUGCAACAAGAAGUAACUCCGAAAUCUCGUAGUGUUCAUUGCUCCCCGCGACCGAACAAAAUUACUGAGAAAAAGAGAGAUAUCAAGGCAAACGCGGGCUUCUCUCUAGCUUCGUUCAGCUGCAAAUGGAUCGGUACCAGAGGGUGGAGAAGCCGAGGCCAGAGACGUCUAUUAACGAGAAUGAGAUUCGCAUUACCACUCAGGGAAGGAUGAGGAACUACAUUACCUAUGCCACCACUCUACUUCAGGAAAAGGGAUCUAAUGAAAUCGCUCUUAAAGCCAUGGGCAGAGCGAUCAGCAAGACUGUGAUGAUUGCUGAAUUGAUUAAGAGAAGGAUAGCUGGUCUUCAUCAGAACACAGCAGUUGGUUCUACUGAUAUUACUGACUUGUGGGAGCCUCUAGAAGAGGGACUUCUUCCCCUGGAAACUACUCGCCACGUAUCGGUUAUAACAAUUACUUUGUCCAAGAAUGAACUAGAUACAUCAUCCUCAGGUUACCAACCACCUAUUCCAGCUGAUCAAGUGAAGCCCUGGACUGAAUAUGAUUAUGACGGAGAGGGCUCUCCUAGAAUGCGUGGUAGAGGCCGUGGUGGUCGAGGAAGGGGCAGAGGAAGAGGGAGUUAUAAUAAUGGAGUUGUAGAGUACAAUGGAGAUAAUGGCCUGGAUGGUGGACGAUAUUAUGGAGGCAGGGGUCGAGGUCGUGGAAGAAGCCAUGGCUACCGUGGGCGCGGAAGGGGGUACGGUGGUGGGAGCACGCAGCAGGAAUUCAGUGAUUAUAAUAACUAUGGGAAUAACUAUGGGGGAGGGCCGACUCCUGCACAAGGUCGUGGACGAGGACGAGGACAAGGACGUGGACGUGGACGUGGACGUGGACGUGGACGUGGCUGGGGCAGGGGUCGUGGGCGUGGUCGGGGUUUCAUGUUAGAUGGCCAGGCAAAUGUGAGAGCCCUAGACACGGUAUAAAGUGUGGUUUAGGUUUCUGAGAGUUCUGGAUGCCAGCUCUUCUGAUUUCUUUUCCCGGGGGAAGAAGAGAGAAAAGGCAAAAGAAGGAAAAUUUGGAUUUUCACUUCUUAAUAUAUCUAAACAUUUUAGCUAUAGUGAGUUGCCACAUGUAAUGUGGUGGGGCAUGUUUUGUAGUUUGAAAUAGGAUUUUAGCCAUAGCACAUGAUCUCGUAAAACCGUACCAAGUAAGGUAGGCUAAUUUUUAUUUAAGCGCUUACAAAACUUUGGAACGUUUUUACACCCUCAUCUUUUUCUUUUAGAUAAAUAAUAUAGUACGGAAGUGCAUUACAUUCUUUAA